CGGUCUUACAUACACGUCCGUUUUUUCCGACUCAGUUUUAACGGCGUUCAAUCUUUUCUGUACAGUUUGGAAAUAGGCUGAACUUAGGUUAAACUUCGAUCAACGUUUCAAGAGACCGUGCUCCAAGCAUUGUUAGGGAUUAGGGCAUAUCAGCUUCGGCCGUAAAAAACCAAAACAUGACUUUUACUUGUACCAAGGCUACAUUCUUCGUGCUAACUGUUUUACUCACUUUAUCGUUGGGAUAUUCUUCAACGAUUGAAUAUACCGCGGCACGAGUUGAGAGUUGCAGAGGCUGCAGUCUCAACCGGCUACCCGAGGUGAAGAAGUUUAUUUUCGAAGAUCUUCCUCUCUAUGAGAACGUUGAAUUCAAGCCAAUACCUGGGGCUGUACCAGAACUCGUUCUGCUGAAUAAGGAAGAGGAAGUGGAGAGACUGCAACUUUCUCGGUUGAAUCGUGAGGAAUGCAACGAAUUAUUAGUUAAUAAGGGUUUUAAAAUAUCAAGACCCAUUAAAGAUGAAAUAUAACUGUCUGAAGUAAUCGAUGUAUCAUACAUUCUGUAAUUAUAAAACUGAAGAAAGACAAGUAUGAUUUUUAAUUCUGGAAAUUUCCUCCUUACAAGUAUUUUUCAUAGAGUUUUGUACAUUAUAGAUUUUACCUACUUCUAAUGAACAUGUUUUUGUGUUCCACCUGUGAUAUUAUCACGAUUUUCCGUUGAAAACCAAUUACUGUUGUACAAAAGAAAAAAUUCAAAAAAUUAGUGAUGAACUAUUUUCAGGAAAAUCAGUUUUCUCAUUUCCACAAGUUU